UGUGUUUGAUUUGAAUGGGGAGUAGCCUACCCUGCUCUCGCUUUACAACAUAUGGACGACUGCUUGCCUCUCAGUUGAGUCAAGGAAAGCAUGAGAGAGAGAGAGGUGGACUUUGUUGCAUGCCUUUAAGAAAAAGAGACAUUUAUGGACACCUAGGACAUCCUAAAGCCUAAUUGGUGUGGAGCGAAUAAGGGUCAUUGCAGGGAAGGGCCUGAUGUGAAGGGUCACUGAGCUCAGACACCUCCUCUGAGCUGUAAUUAAGCACAUCGAGGGGGGGAUUUUAGUCAGGCGGUGGACACGUCUGCAGACACUCUCCCUCUCUCUUUAAAUCGCACAGCUCCUCUGGUGGACUCUCAUAUAUCUGUGCAUUUAUACCUAGGCAGGGCCUCGGAGCAGAAUGAGGGAACCCUGGAGGUACCUACUGUGCUUGGGUCUCCUGGCAUACUCAGCCUCUUCACCCAGUGGCAACAAUCCCUUUGCGGGGCAGCAGACUCCUGUGGACCCUUGCUACGACGACGCAGGUGCAGCCCGCCGCUGCAUCCCAGAGUUCAUCAACGCCGCCUUUGGCAAAGAGGUGGCCGUGUCCAGCAUGUGCGGCCGCCCUCCUUCCCGCUCCUGUAGCGUUGUGGAUCGUGGCGACGACAGGCCAUCGGUGCGCACGUGCCAGAUUUGUGACGCCGCAGACCCCCGUCGCUCCCAUCCGGCUUCCUACCUCACAGACCUCAACUCGGCUCACAACCUGACUUGUUGGCAGUCAGAGAACCUGAACACAUCGCCACACAAUGUGACCCUGACUCUUUCCCUUGGUAAAAAGUUCGAGAUCACCUACGUGAGCUUGCAGUUCUGCUCUCCAAGACCUGAGUCGCUUGCUAUCUACAAGAGCAUGGACUAUGGCAAGACCUGGAUGCCGUACCAGUUCUACUCAUCACAGUGUCGACGUGUAUACAAUCGACCCAACAAAGCAACCAUCACAAAACAGAACGAACAGGAGGCUCUGUGUACCGACGGCCACACUGACCUCUACCCCCUCUCUGGAGGACUCAUCGCGUUCAGCACCUUGGAUGGGAGACCAUCUGGCAAGGACUUUGACAACAGCCCGGUCCUUCAGGACUGGGUGACCGUCACCGACAUCCGUGUGGUCUUCAGCCGGCCCCAACCAUCGAGGGAGCUGGCGGUCGGAAGCAACAGCGGAGGAGGAAGGGAUGAUGACCUCAUGGGGGUGACCUCGACGCUGCCCACGUAUUUCUACGCGGUGGGCGACUUCCAGGUGGGCGGACGGUGCAAGUGCAACGGCCAUGCGUCACGCUGCCUGAAAGACAAGGAGGGAAAGCUGGUAUGCGACUGCAAGCACAACACAGAAGGACCUGAAUGCGACCGCUGUAAGCCCUUCCAUUACGACCGCCCAUGGCAGAGGGCCAGCGCCCGAGAGGCCAACGAGUGUCUGCCAUGUAACUGCAACCUGCACGCCCGCCGCUGUCGCUUCAACAUGGAGCUGUACAAGCUGUCGGGGAGGAAGAGUGGAGGUGUGUGCAUGAACUGUCGACACAACACCGCGGGACGCCACUGCCAUUAUUGCAAGGAGGGAUUCUACCGCGACAUGGCCCGACCCAUCACUCACCGCAGGGCUUGCAAGGCAUGUGACUGCCACCCUGUGGGAGCAGCGGGUAAAACAUGCAACCAGACCACAGGGCAGUGCCCCUGCAAGGACGGAGUGACCGGCAUCACCUGCAACCGCUGUGCCAAGGGAUACCAGCAGAGCCGCUCCCCUGUUGCCCCCUGCAUCAAGAUCCCCGUGGUCAACCCCACAGCUGUGGUGAGCAGCACAGAAGAACCAGCAGACUGUGAGUCGUACUGCAAACCGGUGAAGGGCAACCUGAAGAUCAACAUGAAGAAGUACUGCAAAAAGGAUUAUGCGGUCCAAGUGAACGUGCUGGAUAUGGAGACGGUCGGCGACUGGGCCAAGUUUUCCGUCAAUGUCUUGUCAGUGUACAAGAGCCGUAGCGAGCCCCUGAAGCGUGGAGACAACAUCUUGUGGGUGCACAUGAAGGACCUGGCUUGCAAGUGUCCCAAGAUCCAGAUGAGCAAGCGCUUCCUGGUCAUGGGCAGCAGUGAUGGUCCUGGGAUUGGCACAGGAGCGGGGCCAGGGGUGGGGCCCGGUGGGGGGACCUCCCACCCCGGGGGGGAACGCGUGGGUCUGCUGGCCGAUAAGAACAGCCUGGUGAUCCAGUGGAGGGACGUUUGGACGAGACGACUGAGGAAGUUCCAGCGCAAGGAGAAGAAGGGGAAGUGCGGCAAAGCAUGAUAGGUCCCCGGCAACCCGUCAUCCUUUGUUUUCCCUUCCAUCACGGGAACACUGCACAUUACCAAGACUGCAUGUACCCAACCCGUUUUAAGGACCACAUUUUGUGUAUAUUGUAUAAUUAUUUUCCUUUGUAUUUGUUUUUUUGUAAUGUCACAUGUUUUUCUUGUCCUAUUGGUUUGCCUUGAAAAGGGACCAUUAAAAAGGGUAUGAAAUGGAGACACAAGCAGACACCGUUCCAAACCUUGUCUUUGGAACAAGCAGCUCCAUUUACGACCCACCCAGUUCUUCACAAACAUCACUGAGGAUCAAUUUUUUUCCAUUUUUGGAGAUCCAUUUAUUUGCUGCUCAUUAUUUUGUCGCCAAGGAUGAGCAGGAACCUCUUUGGAUCAAGAUCAUUUUAUGAUACUGGGGAUUUUCCACAAGAAACACUGCUGCUGCUUCCGAACUGGACUCAUGCAAUCUCCAUGCUUGUCUUUUUUUUUUUCAGCAUUAUAUCCUCCGACCACGAUCUUGCCUUACAGGGGAAAGAUGGGUUUAUUUCUUGUGUUGAAGUUACACACUUCAAAAUGUCCGAAAAGUAGUAGGAAGAAAGAAACAGAGCAUAUUAUUUCCUACUUUUUUAGUUUGUUCACUUCCUGUGUUUAAAGUGUUAUCAUGAAUUAAGUUGGCACUCAUCAAUCACAUUCCUGGCUUUUCGGGUUUUACAGGGGUUGCUUUUGCAGGACGAUAGACAAACGCUUCGUAAUUCGGAAAGAUCCCAACAUUUCUGAUGAUUUGUGAUGUCGUGUAGUAGGCGCAAUUAAACAACCUGACUAUUUAGACUGAACGGCUGGAAAGUUUUUAGCGAGUGUACUGUGUUAUGACAUGUAUCACAUUUCAUCCCUGGUGUGCUUUAUGUUUGCAUGCUUGUGGUUUGAGCAAGCAUCAAGAGUUAUCUCCCCUGUCAUCCUCUGCCAAAUGAGAAUAGUCAGGGAUUUAAAUUUAAUUAAGAGAACUCAGAAAGUCAGAUCGGAGAAAAGGUUUUCAAGAUAAACACAGGUCGGAUGGGGCACGUCCAGCUAGCGAGCGUGCUGACAGCCGUGUCAUGCGCGUUAGCGGUUGUUUGGCUGCGGCCAAGGCUGCAUGUUUGGUUUGUCCUUCCACCAAAAGUGUCUUCUCCUAUGUCGGGUGUAUCAGCCAAGACGCCCCCCACCCUUAUGUUGUGUAUGAAGUGUCUUAGAUAAGUGACAGGUCCAUGUUGCCAAAUCUGCUCUGUGGUGCACUGUUGUGCACUGUAAGCUCUUCAUGAAUGUAUGUCUAACUGUGAAGGACUCACUCAAAUAUAUUGAUUGUGUGAGUUAGCCCUAAGAAUGUCCAUUUAGCACAACUGUAGCGUCUUUUUGUCCAAAAACAACCACAACCAAAAUAAUCGAUGCUUUGACAGCAUCGAUUACUGUGGAACCUACAAAGUCUAACUGUUCCAUUGACGUCCAUGUUGUUCUCAUUCCAAAACAACAUUUCCCCAUUGGAAAUCAUGUUAAGUGGAUUAUUCAGGCUCAAACAUCAUAUUUUAAGUAACAUUGUUUAAUGGUUAGUGCGCAGACCAUACAGCUAGGAGACCAGGUUCAAUUCCACCCUCGGCCAUCUCUGUGUGGAGUUUGCAUGUUCUCCCCGUGCAUGCGUGGGUUUUCUCCGGGUACUCCGGUUUCCUCCCACAUUCCAAAAACAUGCUAGGUUAAUUGGCCACUCCAAACUGUCCAUGUCUCGCCCCAAGACAGCUGGGAUAGGCUCCAGCACCCCCGCAACCCUCGUGAGGAAAAGCGGUAGAAAAUGAAUGAAUGAAUGUUUAAUGAAACAACUUAAGUACAGUAAUAGUACUCACAGACCAGUGAUGGAAAGAGAACUGGAAACCAGUCAUUUCCAUGCUAGUCAUUAGCUAAAUGCUUUGUUAGCAUCUCUUAUACAGUCAUUUUGUGUUGCGUUUUUCACAAAUUCAUUAAUAAAUGAUGGCUGUUUGUGGUUGAUUAUGGCCUAUUAUUAAAAAAAAGUUACACUACCGGUCAACAGACUUAGAACACUCCAAUUUGUCUGGAAGAAAAACUUACAGUUUUAAAGUGGUUAAGAUGGUCUGUCUCUCUUCAAUUGUUAAUUAGCCUUUUUCUUUCCAUUUUAGUAGCAACAACUGACUUUCUCCAGCAUAAUGUUCCACUGAUGUUCAGGAGGGUAUAGUACCGCAGUGUGUUCCGAACACUGCUUUUAUGUAGAUAGAGUAAGUACUACAGAACUUAGGACACCUUAUACCAACUAUGAAGGCUUGAUGAAACUUCAUUUAUGCAAAACUUUAAAUUGUUGACUCAUUUUAUGGUCCUUGAAAUAGGCCUUUUUGCAUAAUUGUUAAAUACGCAUUAUUUUUACUUUUGGGGUCACCUUACCUUUUUUUUUUUUUUACCUUCUAGCAGUUCACCCCUUACCUAUGUAGCAUUUCAAUAGAUUCACUGGACUUGAAUGACUGAAAAUCCAAUAAAUAACAUAAUAACAUAAAAAAUUGGGGCGUUCUAAAACUUUUCACCGGUAGUGUAUAUCACUAGUAUUCACUUUUCUGACCUAUAAAUGUUAUUAGAAUGUUGGAUUCCCGUGUUAAACAAUACCAAAGUUUCAGAUAAUGAGGUUUGCGAAUUUGGAAGUCAGCCCUGGAAAAAGUUGGGGAUGGCUCUGAAGGCUUGGUUUCAGGCUCAGGCUGUGACUGGGUGUCAGGGUACAAGCUGAGGGGGACCAAUCACAGCAGAAUUCCACCAAUAAAUAAAAACUAACCGUUUUGGAAAUUCCAAGGAAAUACAGCUAUAAUAGGUGUAGAUUCUGGAAGGUCGACUUUCUCAGCGGGUUAUUGUGUGUAGCUGCUCUAAAGGAGUCCCCUUUAAGUUUAGAAUAAAUACAUUGGAGAUUAACUAGUUAGCUAGUUAACUAGUUACCUUGCUAUGCUUAAAGCGCCGCCCAUUUGCGGUGAUCUCGUAGCCUGCACAAUGUGGCACGAUAGGAAGGUAAAGUUGACUAUAGGGGUGUUAUUUCAUGUGUACAAGGCUCUAACAAUGGUAAAACUCGAAUUUAAGUCAUAAACGCGUUUUCUAUGCUCUAACUAUGCAGCAGUAUCUCUCCAUGUGACUGGUGUGUGUGAGUGAUGGGAAGAAAAGCUCUGACUUGAUAAACCCCUUGAUAAAUAUAAAUAAUAUACUUUCAGGAAAAAUCAUUUGGCCAAUUUGGCUAAUUUAUUUAAUUGCAUUUAUCUUAUUGUCCUGAGCUACCAGAUCCAUUUUGUAUUCUCACCAUCAUGCUUUUCCCCUUCCAUGGUGGCCAAAAAAACAUUUACAUUAAACUUGAGCUCUAAAUUGUACCACUUUUGAAGGUUCCACUGUAAUAUAAUUAUGGAGGAAGAGUUGAUUGUUCUCCUUGCCGUGUGUCACAUGGUCCCACUGUGUGAAGCAGUGCUAGUUUAGUUAUCCUUCCUGUAUCUGGACCUCAUUUCACACAAUAUCACCCCGCCAUAUUUGAUUUCUAUUGGCGCUCUCUCAAGUGCCCACCCUGAAUGUUGAAGCGACGAUAACUGAGAGCCAGAUGUUUUGUUUUUGCAGGGUG